AUGUUUAUUACAAACGAACACGUUGGAGACAGAUCUCGUAUGGAAGAUUGGAGAAUUCGUGGUUAUGAUCCAUUAACACCACCAGACUUGUUGCAACACGAAUACCCUUUGACCCCUGAAUCCCUGAAAACUAUUUUGGAAGGAAGAAAUGCUGCAGUCGAUAUUUUGAACGGAAAGGAUGACAGAUUGAUCAUAGUGAUUGGUCCUUGUUCCAUCCAUGACCCUAAAGCAGCCUUGGAAUACGCUGAUAGACUUCACAAGGAAGCAGAGAAACACAAGGGUGAACUUUUGAUUGUCAUGAGAGCAUACUUGGAAAAACCUAGAACUACUGUGGGCUGGAAAGGUUUGAUCAAUGAUCCUGAUAUCAACGGUACAUUUCAUAUCAACAAAGGUUUGAGAAUUGCAAGAAAGUUGUUUGUGGAAUUGACCUCCAAGUUGCCUAUUGCUGGUGAAAUGUUGGACACAAUCUCGCCUCAAUUUUUGUCUGAUUUAUUCUCAGUUGGUGCAGUCGGGGCAAGAACCACGGAAUCACAAUUGCACAGGGAAUUGGCAUCUGGAUUGUCAUUCCCUGUUGGUUUCAAAAACGGUACUGAUGGAACUUUGGGUGUUGCUAUUGAUGCUGUACAUUCUGCUGCUCAUCCUCAUCAUUUCUUGUCUGUUACAAAACCUGGAGUGGUUGCAAUUGUGGGCACUGAUGGAAACCAAGACUGUUUUGUUAUACUAAGAGGAGGUAAACAAGGCACCAAUUACGACGAGGCUUCCGUGAAGGAAACACAAGCACAAUUAAAGAAAGCCAAGUUGGUGACAGAAGAAAAAAGCGGCCCCAGAAUCAUGGUAGAUUGCUCCCAUGGGAACAGUAACAAGGAUCACAGAAACCAACCAAAAGUUGCAAAAGCUGUUGCUGACCAAAUUGAGGCUGGUGAUAAAUCGAUUUGUGGUUUGAUGAUUGAAAGUAAUAUCAACGAAGGAAGACAAAACGUUCCUCUGCAAGAAGAGGGGGGCAAAGAUGCUUUGAAAUAUGGUGUUUCCAUAACCGAUGCUUGUAUCGGUUGGGAUACAACCGUUGAAGUAUUAGAUUUGUUGGCCAAUGCUGUCAAAAAGAGAAGAAGCUUGUAA